GAGCGCGACGUUGCUGCGUCACCGCUCCGGCCGCCAUUUUGUGAGUGUAUAUGAGGCGGUCGCCCCGUCUCUCUGAGUUAUUGCGGCGCCUCCUCUCCGUGCCGGGUGGUUUUUGUGUGUGCCAUGGAAGGAAUUGUCCAAGAGUUAACAGUUGGUACAAAGCGAGGAUCUGACGAGCUUUUCUCUUGUGUUACUAACGGACCCUUUAUCAUGAGCAACUCUGCUUCUGCAGCUAAUGGAAAUGACAGUAAGAAAUUCAAAGGAGACAGCAGAAGUGUAGGUGUGGGCUCCAGGGUUAUACAUGUCCGUAAGCUGCCAAUGGAUGUAACGGAGGCUGAAGUCAUAUCCCUUGGUCUUCCUUUUGGCAAAGUUACUAAUCUCCUGAUGCUCAAAGGCAAAAAUCAGGCCUUUUUGGAAAUGAGCACAGAGGAAGCUGCAAACACCAUGGUAAGCUACUUCACCACAGUUACUCCAGUUUUACGAAGCCAGCCCAUCUACAUCCAGUUCUCCAACCACAAAGAAUUGAAAACUGAUAACUCUCCUAACCAAGCGAGAGCACAAGCAGCACUGCAGGCUGUGAAUUCUGUUCAGUCUGGAAACAUAGCACUAUCUGCCACAGCUGCUGCAGUGGAUGCUGGCAUGGCAAUGUCAGGACAGAGCCCAGUGCUGAGAAUAAUUGUGGAGAAUUUGUUCUAUCCAGUUACACUGGAUGUCUUGCAUCAGAUAUUUUCUAAGUUUGGGACUGUACUGAAAAUAAUAACUUUCACAAAGAACAACCAGUUUCAGGCACUUUUACAGUAUGGUGACCCAGUGAGUGCCCAGCAUUCCAAGCUUUCUCUGGAUGGGCAAAAUAUUUACAAUGCUUGCUGUACACUUCGCAUAGACUUUUCCAAACUCACCAGCCUUAAUGUAAAGUAUAACAAUGACAAGAGUCGUGACUACACACGUCCUGACCUACCUUCAGGAGAUGGACAGCCCUCCCUGGAUCAGACCAUUGCUGCCUUUGGGGCACCUGGACUGAUUUCUGCCAACCCCUAUGCAAGUGCUGGUUUUCCUCCAACAUUUGCCAUCCAACAAGGUGUCCAUGGAACACUAACACAACUUACUCUCCCUUCUGCAGCUGCUGCAGCAGCAGCAGCUGCAGGUCGACUGGGUAUCCAUGGGCUUGGAAUUCCUGGGAACUCUGUUCUGCUGGUUAGCAAUCUGAACCCAGAGAGAGUUACACCCCAAUGCCUCUUUAUUCUUUUCGGUGUGUAUGGUGAUGUGCACAGAGUGAAAAUUCUCUUUAACAAAAAGGAAAAUGCACUUGUGCAGAUGGCAGAUGGCAACCAGGCUCAACUGGCAAUGAGCCAUCUAAAUGGUCAGAGACUUCAUGGAAAACCACUUCGUAUCACAGUGUCAAAGCAUCAGACUGUUCAGUUGCCAAGAGAGGGACAAGAGGACCAGGGUUUAACUAAAGACUACGGUAGCUCUCCCCUCCAUCGAUUUAAGAAACCAGGCUCUAAAAAUUUCCAGAAUAUCUUCCCACCAUCAGCAACGUUGCACCUUUCAAAUAUCCCACCAACUGUAUCUGAAGAAGACUUAAAGAUGCUGUUUUCAAAUGAUGGUUAUACAGUGAAAGGAUUUAAAUUUUUCCAGAAGGACCGCAAAAUGGCCCUGAUACAAAUGGGUUCUGUGGAGGAAGCCAUAGAGUCUCUAAUUGAACUUCACAACCAUGACAUGGGUGAAAAUCACCACCUGCGUGUGUCAUUCUCUAAAUCCACCAUCUAAUGGUUGGGUUCAUGGAGAGACAAAGAACUCUUAAAGCCCAAAGAGUGGCUUCUGAAGACAGAGGUCAUUCCCCAGGGCCCACUUCCAUCAUUCCAGAUGAAAAGCCACUUUACGGAAAAGUGCAGUUCAAGUGUCCUUGGAAACUAGAUUUGUUAAUUUUUUUUUUUUUUUAAAUUGUUUAGAAAUCCAUUUAUUGGUUUAAGAAUGCACUCGUGGGAAUUUGGGACGUUGCUUGGGGAGGAUUCCGGUCACCAUGUGUAUUGAGAGCUUGUCCACUAGGGCAGAGCACUCUAACUUUUAUAUGCUUGCAGUAGGUCAGGUAUCCAUAUUCAUGGACCAAUAUUGGGGUAUGCAGUGCCUUAUUUUCAGGUUCCCUAUACAUUUAAGUUGGUGUAGGUGUUUGUUUUGAGUUUUACUGGACUUCGUGAAUUUGUAUAUUUAAAUAUUUCUUUUUACAUUAAGGAAACCUAAAGAAGCUUAGUUUUGUUUUUGUUUUUAUAUAAAUUCAGAAGAAAAGAUGUGAGCUGUGGGACAAGGUAUAACCUAUGUCAACUAUAGAGCUGUGCCUUAAAUCUCUGAAGCAGGGCUGUUUUUCAUUUGAUAUAAUCUCUGCAGUUUGUAUACAUGGUCUUGGAUAUUUGCCCACUGAUCAAAAACGUGUUCAAACAUCACGAUCUGCACUUUUACCCCUUUCCCCUCCCCAAGCAAAACGUGGCUUUAUUAAUCAUUCCAUGCAAAUUUUUGACCAAAUCAUUUUUUUGUUUUAAUUCAUUAUUCCUCUUUUUGUUUUAAAGUGAACUUGUGUUUACUGUGGAAUUCAGUUUCUAUGCUGCUUGCAUACACCUUUUUGUUUUUAAGUGAAUUAAUCUGAACUUCCUCAGAUGAGAUGCAGAUUCCAUGUCUGAGAGAUUUUUGUAUUGUAUAUUUAGAAGGCUACAUUUUCCCUUACUAGGUUUUAUGUACAUUCCGUAUGUGUUCAUGCAUCACACUCCUCUCACUCAAUGCCUUAAGUCACCCUACUGGGUGUUAAGCCUUCUAAUGUUUCAGGUUUACACUUUAAUAAUAUUGGACCAAGUCUUUCAGAUGUUACCAUGUGACCUAGUCUCAGGCUUCCACACACUCCCAUAUUGAAGGGGGAUGUAUGUUACAUAUUAUAGAUUGCCUUGUCUUAACUAAAAAAUAAAAAAGUAGGAUUCAAAACUUGGUCAUGUGUAAGAAAAUAGGCUAGCAAUGUUCCAACCACCUCGUGUGUGUGUGUGUGUAUAUAUGAACAUCAUUGCAUAUUUGUGCAAGUCUUGACAAAGUAUCAAUUUGUCACAAUGCAUUGAUGUUAAAUGCUGGAUCGGCGCACAGUUUUUCGUACAGUCUGACAGGCAUAUAAUUGUAACACCCUCUGAGAAUCAUGGGACAUGUACACCACCUGUAAAGGUAUUUGACUACCAGUACACUAGAAAGUAUAGAAUUACUAUACACUACCUUAAUACAACUAUCUGAAAAUGUUAGUGCCUUAUUAUACCACAUGGACUAACUUCUGCUCAAAUAUUUGUAUGCCAGUGCUUAAAUUAAAAAAUAUAUUUUUAUUUUUUCCCCUUCCUCCUGAGGGAUGUUAAGGUGCAUCAUGUGAAUCGCAGCUAGAGCUCACUCCCAGUGCGCAGUUCACUAAUGUAUUCAAGAACUGUAAAUAUGUGUAGCUUUUUAUAUACAUGUUUUUUUCUGCAAAAGCUGCAAAACAAUAUAUAUUUUUUUUUUUUGUGGUUUAAACUGUAUAUUUUGAUAACUUUUUUUUCAGAAGGAUUACAGUAUUGUGGGGUGCCGAGAUGAGACAGCUAAAAUCCAUUACCUCUAAUCAUAUGUUUGUACGGAAAAGACAAAUUAAAAAAAACAACUAUUUUAUAAGAAACGUUUAUACUUCUCAUUAGAUAUUUUGUUCAGACUAUAGCAAUCAGUUAUCACCCAGUAUUUGUAUGGGCUUAUAAAUAAACUACUUUAUUCUUCA